UUGUUAUAUUACCAUGUUUCACCCAUAAAAUCUCCCAAAAAUCCGUCUGUGGCCAUUCACAGCUGUGUCUUGACAAUUGGUGAUACAUGCUACAUGGAGUUUUUGGAUGGAAAAGAGGUAAGUACGCGAUAAUAUCUCGUAAAAAUCAUGGUGUCUUUAAUUAUGCUCUCGCAUGCUCUCACCUCCAGUUAGGGUUUUGCUGUUUUUUUGUUUUUUUUUUAAAUGCCCUCCUGCUCAAAAUGUGUCUUCCCCCAGAAAAUUGAGAUCUUAAGCUUUCCAAUGAUGUAUCACGCAUGCAUUUAGGACAAUGUUGAAAUUUGGCCAAAUUGGGGGUCUCAGAGCGGAACUUAAAGUCACUUGAGAUUUUUCCGCCAUAUAUUAUAUAUAUAUAUAUAUAUAUAUAUAAUAUUUAGGGUGUUACUUGGGACAAAGCCAAUGUGCAUUAAUUUUGAAUUCAUUAGUUUUUAUGAGCAUUGUAUUAAUCAUCAAUUCCUUUAUAGCCGAGAAUUAAAAUGUAUGAAAUAUAUCUUUUAUUGAUCAAAGUCAAGUGAAACGACCAGCUUUGAGUGGAGACAUUUUCCCAACAGCGACCACUCAUAGCUGUUCCUUGUCACAUCCAUGUACAGUUGUUCUAUUCGUAUUCUUCUUCUUUUGUACUUUUCGAAUAAUUAGGGCUCAUGGCUUGCGAGAAAAGCUCAACCAAGUGAGCCUGACAAGCUUUAAUGCUUUAAAAUGAAGCGAGUUCAUUGUUAUGUUCCUUGAUGGAAGAAGUGUAACAGAAGCAGGACAGGAAGUUGGAUAAAACUUUAAACAUAUGGAUUUACGAAGAACGUUCUGAGCCUUCAAAAUUGAGUGAUUGAUAGUUAUGGCCCAAAUUCGGAUAUAUAUAUAUAUUUUUUUUAUUGGAUCGAUUAAAUAUUUUCGGAGUCCAGUCAUGUGUACCAGUUUUGGUUUUCAACAUUUCAACACAUUACACUGAAGUUUCAGUGCCUGAACGUUUUUACUUCCGGUUCACAAGACGCAACAUUUGUGUACUCAUCUGUGUUUGCAGUUCUUUCCUGUACUCUUCUAUAAACCAAACGAGCUCUUCCAAAGUAUUUUCAUCGCAUGUCACAAAAUACGACUGACUGAAGGCUAACGCAAUCCUGAACAAGCCAAAGAGUCGAGACGCGGAAGAUGAGAUGAAAUCGAUGUCACGAUGAACAACUGAAAAACAAAAGAAAAUGAGGUCUCCCUCAAACGUCAAUGAAGAAGAUCUUCAACCUGAGAAGCAAGAUCCCCUCCACGUUAUACAAGAGGAGGAGUCGGAGAUGCCGUACAUCAAACAGGAGGCGGAGCUAGAGACCCCCAGCAUUAAAGAAGAAGAACAGGAAGAUGAAAUCACUACAUUUCCAUUGGUUGUCAUUGUCAAGGAAGAAGAUGAAAGUCCAAACCAAGAGAGCAGAGCAGCGAAACCUUCGAGCGACUUUUCCUUUCAGCACCUGACAACAAGAAGAGAAGGACGAUCGCAACCGGACGGCCUCUUAGCUCCGCUCUCGGACAGCGACGAUGUAACGUCCCACUCUUCUGACAUUAACACCGAUGAGGAGGAGGAUGACUUUGACCAAAAUACUUCGAAAUCUGUAAACAAGUCAUCAAUGAAAAGGGACACAAAAGAAUGCGCGGUUGGGAAACCUUUUCCCUGCUCACUUUGUGAUAAAAGAUUUUCUCAGAAGUCUUAUUUAGAAAUACAUACGCGUACACACACUGGAGAAAAGCCUUUUGUCUGCACAUAUUGUGGUAAAAGAUUCAUCGAGAAGGGAAAUUUAAAGAAACACAUAAGCACACACACCGGAGAGCAGCCUUUUCCCUGCUCAGUUUGUCAUAAAAGAUUUUCUUGUAAGGCUCAUUUAGAAAAGCAUAAGCGUACACACAGUGGAGAAAAGCCUUUUGUCUGCACUUGUUGUGGUAAAAGAUUCGCUGAGAUGGGAAAUUUAAAACAACACGCAAGCAUACACACUGGAGAGAAGCCUUUCGCCUGCUCCUUAUGUGAGAAAAGAUUUUGUCAGAAGCAACAGUUGACAAGACACAUGCAAACACACACUGGAGAGAAGCCUCACGCCUGCUCCUUGUGUGAGAAAACAUUUUGUCGGAAGCAACAUUUGACAAGACACAUGCAUACACACUCUGGAGAAAAGCCUUUUGUCAGCACACGUUGUGAUCAACAAUUCACAGAGAAAGGAGAAUUGAGCGAACACGCAAGCACACACACGGGAGAGAAGCCUUUCACCUGCUCACUUUGCGAUAAAAGAUUUUCUUUGAAGAAUCUAUUAGAAAGACACGCGCGUACACACACUGGAGAAAAGCCUUUUGUCUGCACACUUUGCAACAAAAGAUUUUCUCUGAAGUGUAAUUUAAUAACACAUAAGCGUAAACACACUGGAGAAAAGCCUUUUAUCUGCACGUUUUGUGGUAAACAGUUCGCCGAGAAGGGAGUAUUGAACAAACACACUAGCACACACACUGGAGAAAAGCCUUUUGUCUGCACAUUUUGUGGUAAAAGAUUCACGGAGAUGGGAAAUUUAAAGAAACACACAAGCACACACACUGGAGAGAAGCCUUUUGAGUGUACACUUUGCGAUAAAAGAUUUUCUCAGAAGAAUAAUUUAGAAAUACAUAAGCGCACACAUACUGGAGAGAAGCCUUUCACCUGCACACUUUGCGAUAAAAGAUUUUCUCAGAAGAUUAAUUUAGAAAAGCAUCAGAGGACGCACACUAGAGAAAGGCCUUUUGUCUGCACAUCUUGUGGUCAACAAUUCACCGAGAAGGAAAAUUUUAAGAAACACAUAAGCACACACACCCCAGAAAAGCCUUUUCCUUGCUCAGUUUGUGGUAAAAGAUUCCGUCAGGAGACAGAUUUAGAAAAGCAUAAGUCUACACACACAAGAGAGAAGCCUUUCGCCUGCUCCUUUUGUGAGAAAAGAUUUUCUCGGAAGCAUCGGUUAAAAUUGCAUACAAGAAUACACACUGGAGAAAAGCCUUUUUCCUGCACACUGUGUGGUAUAAGAUUCACUGAGAAGCGAUAUUUAGUAUUGCAUGCAGGAAACCACAUUGGGGAAUCAUCUUGAAACUGAAAGUAGUGUCUUAUUUGUAGAACAAAGGAAUACUGGUACAGUGAUUUGCAAGAAUAUGCAGAGAAACUCAUUCCCCCGCCUCUCCUACUUUUUGACCAAUUAGCUGACGGAACAAUCUCAACACCAAAUCCCACUCAUGUCAUUGGUCGUUGGACUGUCGCUCGCCAUGAUGAUAACGGAAGACAACAUGCAGUAAGAGUUUGGGAGAUGAGAGGUUUGAAAGUAAAAAGCAUGUUCAAAAUAAUCUUUUUUUCUUUUUGCCUAAUAUGUGUAUUUUAUUUUCACGAAUUGUAUCUUUGUAUUCAGUCAAGUCCAAUUGUAUUUCCACAUGGUAUUUGAAGCGAUCAUUUGUGAAAAUGUAAUUGCUGAAGGGACCUUGAACUCACCUAAGUUGAAAAACAAAUCAGUUUACCUUAGAGUUUAUGUUUGCAGUUUUUUCAAAUGUGUAUAUAUAUUUUUUAAAAGGCCAAACACACACACACACACACACACACACACACACAUAGUCUCAGGACCUUAAGGCUUAAAUUACACGUUUUAAUUUAACAGACAUGUUUUUAUUCCAGUAUUUUUGGUAUUAAAAUACCUUGCUGGCCAUUUUUGUUUUUCCAUGUGCUUUUAUUACUUAAUUAUGUACUUGAUUCAGGUUUGAGUAACAUUAGAAAAUUAUAAUAAAAAAAUCACAUUCACAUACAAAAAAAAUAGAGUGACUGUUAUGUUUAGCCAUUCUGUCCCACAGCUCUGCAACUCUCUGGAAUAUAACUUCUCACUUUUCAAAUCAGGACUCAUAACAUAUAUACACAUCUGUUUUGUUAUGAAUUAUUUCCUGUUACUUUGAUUUACUCUGAUUUUCCUUUUCACCAGACUAUUUGUAACUUUUGUAAACUUUUAUCUUGAAAGGCGCUUUGAAAUAAAAUGUAUUAUUACAGUGGGGAGAACAAGUAUUUGAUACACUGCCGAUUUUGCUGGUUUUCCCACUUGCAAAGCAUGUAGAGGUCUGUAAUUUGUAUCAUAAAUUCUCAACUGUGAGGGACGGAAUCUAAUACAAAAAAAACAAAAUCACGUAUGAUUUUUAAAUAAUACAUUUGCAUUUAAUUGCAUGAAAUAAGUAUUGUGCAGAUCUAUUAUUUUAUCCCUGCUGUCCUUACACAGCUCUUUGGUCAUGGCCAUUGCGGAGAGGUUGGAGUUUGUUUGUUUGAGCAUGUGAACAGGUGUCUUUUAUACAGGUAACUAGUUCAAACAGGUGCAGUUACUUCCGGUAAUGAGUGGAGAACAGGAAGGGUUCUUAAAAAAGAACUAAGAGCCGAAAUAUUUACUAGUUGAUAAUGUAUCAAAUACUUAUUUCAUGCAGCUAAAUACAAAUUUAUUAUUUAAAAAAUUAUACAAUGAGAUUUUCUGGAUUUUUGUAUUAGACUCCGUCCCUCACAGUUGAAGAGAACUUUUGACCCAAAUUACAGACCUCUACAUGGCUUGCACGUGGGAAAACCAGCAAA